CUGUGUGUGGUCCCAGAGAGAGGGAGAGGGAAUAUUUCCAGGAGCAGGGAGUGACAGGACAAGGGGAAUGCCUUCACACUGAUAGAGAGGAGCUUUGGGAAAGGAAAAUCCUCCUGGGAGGAGCAGCCAGAGUUCAUGAUUAAUUUGUAGAGCCUGCAUGCACGCCAUGGAUCCGGGAGGGAGGGGAGCUGCUUCCUUUGUGCUUUUCCAUCCUCAAAAGGAACACUUGUAGCUGGUUUCUGUGGGACCCCCUGCUUCCUGUGCCCAAAUCCCUUCCUCUGGAGCAUCACCAGCGUGUGGAGCCUGCCCCACACACCCAUCCCCUGCCAAACCACGGCCUUUACCUGCGUGUUCCGCUGUUUCCCGUGCGACCCGUCCUGCGGGAGCGCCUCCUGGGCCACCCCCGACUUCAGCCAGCGCUCAGUGGCUCCAAUGGUGAAGAUGACAAGGUCCAAAACUUUCCAGGCAUAUCUGCCUUCGUGCCACAGGACCUACAGCUGCAUCCACUGCAGGGCUCACCUGGCCAACCACGAUGAGCUCAUUUCCAAGUCCUUCCAGGGCAGCCAAGGACGAGCGUACCUCUUCAACUCCGUAGUUAACGUGGGCUGUGGCCCUGCAGAGGAGCGGGUGUUGUUAACAGGACUGCACGCCGUGGCAGAUAUUUACUGUGAAAACUGCAAAACCACGCUGGGCUGGAAAUAUGAACACGCUUUUGAAAGCAGCCAGAAGUAUAAAGAAGGCAAAUACAUCAUUGAACUAGCUCACAUGAUCAAGGAUAAUGGCUGGGAUUGAGUGCAGGGCCAGCCCCAGCAGCGUGCACGAGAUGCCAUCUGAACAUUAUACCCAAGAGUGAGAGAGUGACUGAACGCUUGGUUCCAUGCAUUUAGAGGCUCUGCAAUCCAGGAGCAUCUUCACACCCUUCUCCAUCUUUAUUGGUGACUGGCCUCUAAAUUUCUGUCUCUCUGUCUCUUUGCUUUGUAUCUGUUUGUGAGUUGACCCUGGCUGCUUCUCUCUCUGUUCUGGCGUUGGCUCAGAGAAUGCACCGAAUGCCCGACAGCCAUUCCAUGUGCCCAGUGCUCAAUCCAGCCUGACCUGGGCUCUCCUGGCACCUCCCAGGUGGGGGAGGAAGACCCCGAGGUGUGGGCAGGAGAAGGUGGGAGAGGGGUGGGGAGUGGGGCCGGCAGGGGAGCCGUCGGAGGGUGAUGCUCUGCUUCUCCUUUCAGUCCUGGGCGAGCAAGGCUUGAAACCAUCUCCUUGUCCAGAUGGACAGAGAAAUACCUACUUGUCUAAAUGGAUAGAGAAAUAUCCACUUGUCUAAAUGGAUAGAGAAAUAUCCACUUGUCUAAAAAGGACAGAGGAAUAUCUCCUUGUCUGAAAGGACAGAAAUUACCUCACGGCUGCGUUUUCUCUCCGAAUCCAUCGGCGGAGCCUCAGCCCGAGGCAGAACCAGUUCCCCCCACAAUCUGUGUUUCCUUUGCUAUUUAUGAACUCCUUGUUGGAGGGGGCAGGGCCUGGAGGCUGGAGAGAUUCCCUGCCUCUCCUUUUUCUGGCUGGUUCAGGGUAGGGAGGCUGAAUGUCCCAGUGGAGCGCGGCCCUGGGGAGCGUCCCCGCGGCUGGAGAAACCAAAUCCUGACUCGUGAGCCCUUCAGAGAGGAGGAGAAAACCACUUCAGGCACGAGGAGGCUGGAGCUGCAGCCUGGAAAAUGUGGAGGGGUGAAAAAAGGCACGUGUGAGGCAAGGAGGGGGAAAUUCCAUAGAGGAGGAUGGGGACACGCAGUGACAGAGGGUACCCCUGGAUUUCCUGGCCUCCCCUGAGCACCCUUGGUGGUGUUUUACCAAUCUUUCACAAGUGCAAGGAGGAAAAUGCUGUUACAGAACAUUUUCCUGGAAUGCCAGGCUGCCCUGGGGGGGCCUGGCACAGAAAUGGGGCGAGGAGGGAGCUGAGUUGCUGGCAGUGGUGUUGCACAGAUGGAUAUUUCAAGCCCUGAGGUAUCCUCCCCAAACUUUUCCCACUCCCAGAAAUCCAUUUUGCAGGCACGGGGAGAAUGGGAAAGAAUAAAAGAAAUUCAACAUCUUCCCACCACCCCUGGAAUGAUCUGUUGAGGGGGGAUGUGGGUGUCAAAACUGCAAGGGACAGCGAGUCCUUCCCAUUUCCAUUUGUCCCUGGUGAUUCCCGAGGGGAUGUGGGGAGGGGGUGUCCUGUGUGACAUCAGGUCAAAAUGAAAUGAGGAGUUUGCUCUGCAGCAGUCCAGCCAGUAUCUGGUGCAUAACCCAGGACUAUGGAGCUGAGUUCGUUUUGUCUCUCCCCGAGUGAAUUUUUUUCUUUUUGUUGGCAGAAUUCUUCCAAGUAGGUUAAUCCAUGGGGGGAAAUCUUCCUUAAUCCAGAAGGAAAGCGUGUUGUGCAGGGGGUGGUGGCUCCUUAGGAAACAGAAGCUUUGGAGCUGUGAUCUCUCAUCGCUGGCCCCCAGCCCCGAGAGAUUCCAGGGGGCUGUGGAGGAGUCAUUGGAUGUUCACUUGGCAGGGAAUGGGAACAGAGACUGUCCUUAAGGAUCAGGCUGGAAUUUAGGGUUGGAUCCUUGUGCUGAAAGCCAAACCUGAUGAAGCAAAGGUUGGUUUUUUUCUCUCUCUCAAAGCUGUUCUUGACAGCCUUGGAGAAAUGAGGUGGAGUUGGCCGGGCUCCUGCAGGGGAUGGAGUUUGUGACCAACCUGUCCAGAGGUGGCUUCUGCCCUCACCCUCCUGCUCUGGCUGUGUAACAAUUGCUUCAGCUUUUGUUUUGGAUUGUCUCUGCUUCUGCCAGCCACAUUCCCUCUGUGACAAAUCCAGCAAAAAUCAAAAAUUCCACAGCACCUGCUGUCUUGUGGGCUCUGGCACUGCCCUGGUGCCAUUCCCUGUCCUUUCAUUGAGGAUCCAUGGCAGUUUAUUGGGUUUUGAUAGUGGGAAGUAAUUCCUGUUCUUCAAAGAGCUCUUUAGUCUGCACAGAGCCUUUGAAGGAGCUGGGAGAGGUAAGGGAUCAUCCCAAACCCUGUGAGGCUGAGAAGAGCACACAGGGCUCAUGGUUUGAUGUUGGUAUUUGGAGUGACUGCUGAUCAAAAAGCAAAAUAAAAGGCAGGGCUGUGCAGAGAACUGCUCUGAGAAAUGCCAGCUCCAGAGAGCUGGAAAUGUUUUUAUCCCUUCAUUUGGGACAGAAAAGGACAAUGCCCCAUCAGACCUGGCUGGUUUUUACUGGUCACAGGUGUUGGGCUUUUAAUGGCAACCAGUCCAAGCUUGAAUAGGGCGAGGUCUUAAUCUGCUUUUAAUUGGUUUUGUCCUGUCAGUCUGGUGCUCAGAGCCUUGAGCCCUGGUGGAGCCCAGUGUGUGUGGCUGUGCCUGUCCCCAGCAGCCAGAGAACUCCCUGGGGAGUGGCUGUGCUGUCCUGCACAGGUGGGAGAGGAGAAACUGUCCUUGUGCAGCUCCUGUGUGUGUCCAGGGAGCAGGAAGAGCUUUGGCUGCCUGCUGAUCCCCCUGGGAGCUGGGGGCUGGCAGGAAUCUGGGAGCUGUGCUGGUGACACAGAGUGACACACUCCGAGAUAACCAAAGAACUUUUCUGCUGAGCUGAGCCAGGUGGGGCCUUUUCCCAGGAGAAGUGGAGGUGUGGCCCGUGGGAGCUGCUUUCCACGGGCAGCAGUGAGAUUUCCUCCUUUUUUUGGUGUCCAGCCUCGUGUCUGGGCAGCUGUGAGCACCCUUGAGUUUACAUCCCCCCCUCUACCCCAAAGCUCAGACUUGAUUAAGUUUUAAAUUGUUUUUGCUCUGGUGUGAAAUCCUGACCCCUGUAAGAAAUAUCCAGAUGAUAAUAUAUACAAGGCAGAAGAAAAAAAUAACCCCAGACGUUACCUUGUGAAAUAUACUUUUGUAAAUAAUAUUUAAUUUUUUUUUUAAAGAAAUAAUAUAUUUGGUGCUGUUUUCUCAGAGCCCCUCCCUGAGAGCACUUUUUUUGUUGUUGUUGUCGUUUAUGAUGAUCCUGUUUCCUUCUGUAUUUGUUGGAAAAUAUGUUUAAAGGGAAACAAAACCCAUCAUUUACGUUGUCCUCUGAAGUGGAUCCGUGUUUCCUGUGGAUGUGGCAGGGGAGGGGACAGAUUUGGUGGCUGGGCUGGGAACAGCAGCCCCCAGGGGGGAUAUUUGUGCUGGAGGGGCUGCAGGCACUCAGGAGGGCUCCGGUUCCCCUGUGGCUUUCCCAGAUCCCCUUUGCUCCCAGCAGGAAUCCCCUGGGCUCCCCCUGUCCCUGGUGUGGAGGAUCCAGGCCCGGAGUUUCCCCUUGCACCAGGGUUGGCUGGAGUGCAGCAGGUCUGGAGCUGCAGGAGUUGGGUUUGGACAGGAGCUGCAGCAGGGAUGGAGGAUGGAGCUUUGAACCCAGUGUUGAUUUUAACCCAAACCACAAAUCUUUGGAUCCUGGUUUUAUUUUUUGAGGGGAGUUUCUUUUCGUUGUUGUUUUGUUUUGUUUAUUUUUUUGAACCAGGCUGCUACGUAACAAAUUAGAGUAAAAGUUUACCUCUCUUGGCAGUAAAGUUCAUUUAUUUUGUUCUCCUUUCUGUCUUUAAUCUGCCCCCUUCUCACCCUCCUUCAUUUUUAUUUCAUUCGGUCUCUUGUUUAUCCCAAAGUGGACCAACAGCACAAACCACUGGACUGUGUUUUGCUGAGCAAGGAGCUGUUCAGGAACUGUUGCAGUUCUUGAAUUCCCUGGGUUUGGUGCACACGACUUCAAAGCCCAGAGGAACAAAACCCCCCCUGCGAAAUGAACCCCGCUGUAAUCGCGAUGAUCAAGUGAGAAUUCUCUCUCUGUGUGCGUUUUCCUGACUGCUCUGUGAGAGUGUGUGGAUCAUGCAUUUCACUGCACUUCCCUGCUUUGGGAGGAGCUUCCAGGUGAAGCAGUUUUGGGAUGAAGAGGGGACACCAAACACCAAGCUCAGCUCAGUGGGAAGGAGCUCUUCCCACCACGGGAGAGGCCUCAGUGCUCAGAAACAAUCAGGUUAGACAGAGAUUUUCUGCAGAAAUCCUGGUGAAAAAGAACAAGCAGAAGAGGGGGAACGAAAUCAUCUUGAAUUCAGAAAAAUAAAUAAAUAAAGAAUCAACAUAUUUAAAUGCAAGCAGAAUGGCAUUGUGUAAGGUACAACCACAAAUAAGCUGUUCUCAUCGUUACGACUGUGUGUAUCCUUUGUUUUGUUCUUCCUAAGGAAAUGGGAAUGCUUUCCCCACUGACAAAACUAAGGACAAUAUUUCCAAUACCAGCCUGUCUAUGGAUGCUCUUGUGUUUACAAAUUGUGUAUAUUUUUAUUUCUUUGAUCUUAUUUUAAUUUUUUUUUUUUUUGCAUAUUCUUUCAGGUCAUUUGCUUCAGUCAUAAAUGCAAUUGUUUGUUUUCAAAUAAUUGGUUUUCACCUUUUCAUGUAUUUGUACAUUGUAUAUAGUUCUUCAGUAUUAGAGGGAGGCGUAUUGUUUGUCAUAUUUACAAUAUGUGUUGGUGCUCAUUUGAGAAAAUAAAAUUUUCAA